ACAAGAUUACAAUUGUAUACCAGUAUCAGGAUUGCACAAAUUUCGGAUGAAUAUAUCUGAUAAAUGUUGAUGUGCAUUUUUGAAACGUUUUUGGCACAGAGGUGUAUGAUUAUAAAAUACUGUCCCAUUUUGAUUUACAAUCCACCAAGUUUUAGUAGAGUUAUGCCCCCUUUUUGACAUAAGAUUUGGUUGUCCAUUCAAUAACGAAUUAGGGACAAUACGGACCAUGGGACAACCCGGACCAGACAACCCGGACCAUACUGGGGACAACCCGGACCAUGUUCGAGGACGACCCGGACCACGUUUUAGGACGACCCGGACCAUAAAUAUAAUAAUAUAUAUGUGAGAAAUAUUCAUUGUCAGUAAACUUCAUUUACCGACAAACGUUUUGGAGGAUCUUAUCGUGGACGACCAAGACCAUCAUUUAAUGAAGUUUAGUAAUCCUUUAACUGUCAUCAAAAUUGUCAAGUGUGUCUAUUAAACAUGAUUAUUGAAAUAAUUGCAAUUUUGUUUGCCUUUUCAUGUAGGUGCAACAUACGUAUCUUUAAUCAUAUGUUAAUUGAGAUACUUACCUUUUCAUGUUUUAAAUGUGUGACAUACGUAUCUUUAAUCAAACGUUAAUUGAGAUACUUACCUUUUUAUGUUUUAAAUGUGUGACAUACGUGCCUUUAAUCAUACGUUUAUUGAGAUACAUAAAAUGUGAUAAUGCUUAUUACCAAAUAAAAUGUGAUAAUGCAACAAUGUUAGUCUUUCAUCUUUUAAAAUGUGUAACAUACAUGUUUUAUUCCUUUUUCGUGAGUAAUAUUUGGUAAAUGAGAGGGAGAUAUAUAAAAGCCACACAAUCCAUUUAUUCCAUACUUGCUUUUUAUCAGUAUUCUCUGACUUUCCUUCAGUGUGCUAUAUUUUAACUUGGAUUAUUUGCUUAGUGUUAUACUAGUAUUUUGUUUAAUUGUGGAUUAUUAAAAAACGUGCUUGUGUUCUGUACUUUGUUAUUUGUGUCUGUGUAUGGUGUAAGUUAUGGCGGAAAACUGUCUUUUGUGAUAAAUUAGUGCGCUCUCGACAGCAGGCAGUGUCUUGUGACGUAUGCACAAAGUGGCAGCAUCGCACGUGUAACACGGAUAAAUUUAUUUGAUACCAUGCUAUGACAACUUGCCAGAUGGGGAAAGAGAAAAAAGACAAGAAGGCCUUGGGAGAUUUAGGUAGUUUUAAGACUAAAGACACUUUAAGAGAAGAAGAUAUAGAGCUUACAACACAGGUCAAUGACAUAGAGAGAAGGUAUAAGGAAAUAUACAAAGCAGUACAUGAGCUGGACCAGACAUAUCAGUCAUGUAAAGAAAACUUUGCUCUGCAGAGAUAUGGGAACCUGAAGGAUAUGAUAAAAGCAUGUGUGACAGAUGAGGUAAUGGAGAAAGCUGCAAGGUAUUCAACUGCAGGUGCAGCAGAGGAGAAAGGCAAGGCAGUAUCAUUAAUGAAAGCUGCUAGACAGUGGUCAGUGGGGGUCUCUGAUGCAUCUGCUAGAGAUGAAGUGUCAAAACUGCAUAAGGCAGAAAUUGUUAAAGACAUUGAAGAAAAAAAGAAACGUAAAGAAAAAGGUGAAAGAAGAUUUCUACGCCUACAUAACAGAUUAGAGAAAUUGAAGAAAGAUUAUGAAGACUCUAAACAACACAUUCCAACGAAACGAUACAUGGUCAUGAAGGAAAUGAUAAAACCAUUAAUAAGGGACGAAAUGCUUAAAGUUGAAUGAUUGCAGCAUAUUAGGGAACUCAGUCUACUUACACUGUAUUAUAUAGUCAUUUUAAGUAUUGCUUGCCAAAAUUAUUAGCUGUUAAAUUUUGAUAAGAGGCUGAGUUUCUAGUGUCCAAGUUUUAAAACUGAAUUUUUGAACAAGUCCCUAAAGUUAUGCACUGAAAUUUCUGAUCAGAUGACGGAGUUUGAGACCAGUUUUAAAAUACAGUUGUAUAAUCCUUUCACCCCUACAUAACAGUUUUAGUCCCCUACAGGUGGCAGUAAAUCAUAUUCAGGACAAUUUUCCAUCUAUUACCAUUUUUGGAAUUUUUAUCCCAACGAAAUAGCCUAAAGAUUGAAAUGAAAUUGAAAAAAAAAAUGAUUUCACCUUACAGUAAGCCAUAUUAACUCUCAACCUUCCUCUAUAUGUGCAAUAUAUGUAUUUUUAGUUCACCUCUUAUCAGUUGUCCAUCGUUAGCAAUUUUACCUGGACAUCUAGUCAUGGACUGCUGUCAAGUUUGUUUCAUUCAGUUUUUAGCUCACCUAAGCACGAAGUGCUCAAAGGUGAGCUUUAGUGAUCGCCCUGUGUCCGUCGUCUGUUGUCGUCCCUCGUCCAUCGUCAACAAUUUGACUGUUAACACUCUAGAGGUCACAUUUUUGGCCCAAUCUUAAUGAAACUUGGUCAGAAUGUUACUCUCAAUAAAAUCUUGGACAAGUUCAAUAUUGGGUUAUCUUUGGUCAAAAACUAGGUCACCAGGUCAAAUCAAAGGAAAAGCUUGUUAACACUCUAGAGGUCACAAUUUUGGCCCAAUCUUAAUGAAACUUGGUCAAAAUGUUACCCUCAAUAAAAUCUUGGAAGAGUUUGAUAUUGGGUCAUCUGGGGUCAAAAACUAGGUCACCAGGUCAAAUCAAAGGAAAAGCUUGUUAACACUCUAGAGGCCAUAUUUAUGACUGUAUCUUCAUGAAACUUGGUCAGAAUGUUAAACUUGAUGAUCUAUCGGACAGGUUUGAAUCUGGGUCAUGUUGGGUCAAAAACUAGGUCACCAGGUCAAAUCAAAGGAAAAGCUAGUUAACACUUUAGAGGCCACAUUUAUGACCGUAUCUUAAUGAAACUUGGUCAGAAUGUUAAUCUUGAUGAUCUUUAGGUCAAGUUUAAAUCUGGGUCAGGUGGGGUCAAAAACUAGGUCACUAGGUCAUAUCAAAGGAAAAGCUUGUUAACACUCUAGAGGCCACAUUUAUGACUGUAUCUUCAUGAAACUUAGUCAGAAUGUUAAACUUGAUGAUCUUUAGGUCAAGUUCGAAUCUGGGUCAUGUUGGGUCAAAAACUAGGUCACGGGGUCAGAUCAAAGGAAUAGCUAGUUAACACUUUAGAGGCCACAUUUAUGACCAUAUCUUAAUGAAUUUUGGUCAGAAUGUUUAUCUUGAUGAUCUCAAGGUCAGUAGGUCAGGUGAGCGAUACAGGGCCUUCAUGGCCCUCUUGUUAUAUCAUGACAAGGAAAACAUGACUGUACACAUAAUUCCUUGGAAGGUAAAGCAUGGCCAACUUAUAUACCAUGCUUUUAAAACUCAAAAAGGUCUCUUGUUGGGCUUUAGAAACAUGCUGUUUUAUGAAAUAAAAUUUAUUUUAUGUUUUUCGGUGGUUUAUCGAAAUAUAACGGUGAAUUAUAUCCUGAUAAACUCACUGGCCACUCAGUGAAAAUUAUCAAAUCUGAUACCCGGAUUAACGUCAAAAAGUUUACCGAGCGUACUGAAAGCCGGAAACAAUAUGACGAUGACGUCGUUAAAAUGACGUCAUCUUUGCGAUGCUUCCUGAUAAAAUUUCCCGCAAAUUUCGACAUUUUAUUGAAACAAACACAACAACAGUAGAGUUUUAGACAUAAAAUAAACAGAAAAAUUGUUGGUAUCGAUGUAAUAUCACGGUAAUUUCACUCGUGAACACCAAAAGUUGUUAUUUUCACUCGUGGCUGCGCCACUCGUGAAAAUAUCACUUUUGGUGCCCACUCGGUGAAAUUAUAACGUGAUAUUACACCGAAACCAACAAUUAUCCUCUAUGUAUUUUUAGCUCGACUAUUUGAAGAAUAGUCUAGCUAUUCUACUCACCCUGGCGUCGGCAUCGGCGUCACGCCUUGGUUAAGUUUUUGCAUGCAAGUACAUACAGCCAUCAAUUAAAGGCAUAUAGCUUUGAAACUUAUUUUUUCUUUUUCUAGGUCAAUUACCAACCUCUCUGGGUCAAGUCCCAUAACUCUGACAUGUAUUUUGAGCAAAUUAUGCCCCCUUUUGGACUUAAAUUUUGGUUAAAGUUUUACAUGCAAGUUACUAUCUCCAAAACUAAUGCAGAUAUUGAUUUGAAACUUCACAUGUGUCUUCGGGGUUAUAAAACUAGUUGAUAGCAGCAAGUCCCAUAACUCUGACUUUCAUUUUGGGCAAAUUAUGCCCCCUUUUUGGACUUAGCAAAUUCUGGUUAAAGUUUUGCGUGCAAGUACAUACAGCUAUUUCUAAAAGGCAUAUAGAUUUGAAACUUACUUUUUCUUUUACUAGAUCAAUUACCAACCUCACUGGGUCAAGACCCAUAACUCUGACAUGUUUUUGAGCAAAUUAUGCCCCCUUUUAGACUUAGAAAAUUUUGGUUAAAGUUUUACAUGCAAGUUAUUAUCUCCAAAACUAAUGCAGAUAUUGAUUUGAAACUUCACAUGUGUCUUCGGGGUUAUAAAACUAGUUGAUAGCAGCAAGUCCCAUAACUCUGACCUUCAUUUUGGCCAAAUUAUGCCCCCUUUUGGACUUAGCAAAUUCUGGUUAAAGUUUUGCGUGCAAGUACAUACAGCUAUUUCUAAAAGGCAUAUAGAUUUGAAACUUAUUUUUUCUUUUUCUAGAUCAAUUACCAACCUCACUGGAUCAAGUUCCAUAACUCUGGCAUGUAUUUUGGGCAAAUUAUGCCCUCUUUUGGACUUUGAAAAUUCUGGUUAAAGUUUUACAUGCAAGUUUCUAUCUCCAAAACUAAUGCAGAUAUUGAAUUGAAACUUCACAUGUGCCUUCGGGGUUAUAAAACUAGUUGAUAGCAGCAAGUCCCAUAUUAACUGAUAUGCAUUUUGGUCAAAUUAUUCCCCCUUUUGAACUUACAACUCCUUUGAUAUUUAACCUUUUUGGGUAAUAUUUUCCUGCUUCUGGGACAAUAUUUCGAAUAGUCGAGCUUGGCUGUCUUACGGACAGCUCUUGUUGAAUUUGGUAGUUUAAAACCUGGGUUUUUUUGUGCGAACUAGUAACGUUUAACUUAGAUUUCCUUAAACAUGUUAAAUGGGCUUGUGUAAUGGAAUGUUUUAUCUAUUAUUGCUCAUUUUUGUUGUAGUUUUAGAGGAACAUCCUGAUAUUCUUGUUUAGAUUAUGCUUAAUUGUGACCCAGAGGGUGAUAUAGUGGUAGCAGUGAUAUAUUAAUAUUGUAUUGAAUAUAGCAAAUUGGGUUUAGCUAAUUGCUGUUAAAACUAACAGGUGCUUGUAACUGAAAUUCUUGUUAGGUUACUGGCAAAAACUUACCUCAAAUACAGGCAGUAGUAUUGGACAUAGCAUAAAAGGCCAGUUUGUUUUGUCUGUAAUUGAAAGAUUAUAUGGGUUUAGGGGAAUGGUUUAAAUAAUGAAUUCAAAAGCAAUCAAAGUAUUUUGGUGGUUUAGCAAUUCCUAAUACCACCAUUAUAGGUCUAUUAUAUAGAGUGAUGUGAAAUAUAGGUGGUACCAUCAAAUAUUUAAGAGAAAUCAAGGGGAAAAGGUGGAAAAGACAGUAAUUAUUAAUUGUUCAGAUAAUUUUACACAUUUUUUGUCCAUCCUACACUGAGUACUACUGCUUUUAGAUUUAGUAUUACAUAAGGAAUACAUUUAGAGUAAACUUGUAUCUACAUAUUAAUGUUGGUGCUCCUUUUGAUAGUGCAACAAUAUAUAUAUAUAUCAUAUAUUUGUAAAGGUAUUUUGUCUUAUAUAAUGACAUUUUUGCUGAUGUGCCAUUGUAACUUUAGCAGAGCAGUUAUGGCUGUACUACUUAUUUUGUAUUUAACAUGUUUACAUAUUUUCUAGCUCAUUUUAUUUGCAGGUAAUAUGAUAAUAAUCUCAUAACUGUUUUAUCUAAGUGGGAUAAUUGUAGCUUAGAUAUGUAUAUGUAAGGUAUUUUUGAUUCUGAGUUUUGCAUAUCUUAUUUUUAACAUUCCUUUAGUUAUAAUUGCAGUUUUUAGUUUGAUAAGCAAAAAAGUGCUGUUUUUUUUAAUUGUAUAUUUAAAGAUAGUUUAUUUUAAUGUAUAUGUUACUAAAAAACAAUACCGGUGUAACAGGAAAAUUCCACCCAGCCCCUCGUACCCCAGGAAGUAUAUCCCUCAGGUGUAGAUUUCAUAGCAAAUAUUCCCCCUGGAGUUCAUUUUUGCCCAUAUCCUGAAUGUAUUGCCCCUCCCUUUUUUAUUGAGCCCACUUGCACCGAGCUUGACUUAGUUGUGUUGGUGUGCUGUAAAAAACAAAUAAAUAAACAAAUAAUUGUGAAAAUGUCUGUUUGGUGUAUGUAGGUGUAUAUGUGUGUGUGUGUGCAUUUGGUACAAUAAUGCCUGUGUGCAUCUGUCAGAUCUUGUCCAGACUAACUUCGAGAUGUACAAGCAAUAUUUUUAUUUGUCAGAUAUGUUUGCUUUAGUGAGAUAGCAUGUCAAGUGCAAGACCCAUAUCUCUACUCCGCAAGACAAGGUAAUGCUAGAGGGUAAAGGAAAGACAUACAGACAAAUGCAUUGUCACUUACUAAUUAUGAGAAGGAGGCUAAAUUUCCAUUGUUGGCAGAAGAUGUCUUAGAAAUUUGUUCAAGAGAAGGGAGGAAUAUUUUCUGUUACACUGAUAACCCUCAUAACUCCAUUUCUACCCAUUCCCCUUUUUCUAACCCCUACCCCCACCAACUUCACCCCCUUUCACCAUCCUCUACCUCACAGAUGUUUUAUAUUCCCCACACUAACUUUUAUCACAUUGUUUCUUAGAUGCCCUCGUAGGCCCCUGAGCCACUCUCACCAAAUUUCGCCCUUCCCUCCUAUUCCAAUGUUUUUUAACAUUUCGUCAUGCCCCAUGCCCCACAUCCCCCAUUACAACUCCUUCUCGCACUUACUUAUAUUUUAAAAUAAUAAUAUCUCAGUAAACUCUUUCAGAUAGUCAUGUCCUCUGCUUAUGUUAUUGAAUAAAAGCGUACCCGUUAAAGACAUGAUUAUGCUCACCCUUGCAGGAAUACUUUGGGUGAUUAUUCACCUUACCCAGGGAUAAUCACCCGAUGACAAAGAGCUGCAAAGUACAAGGCAGAAUCACACUCUAAACACAUUUAUCCAAAAAAAUUAAAACAUAGAAAUCAUUUAGAGUUUGCAACUGAUUUGUUAUGUAAAAUCAAGGGUAUUUCAUUUAUUAUGCAAUGGAUUUCAAAGGGUGUUUUUUUUAUAUUUGUGUGCCUUUGUGUUUUUUAUAGAUUCUUAAGAGCUGCCCUUGCCUGUCCAUCUGUCUGACUGUCUGACUUUUUGUCAUAUCUCAAAAUGUAUUUGUGCCAGAGUCACAAAACCUCGCAGGAUUGUCAUUCAGUGUAUAAAGUUGUGCACCUGGUGUUUGAAUCGGGAUUUCACACAACCAGACCAGAGUUAUGACCCUUGACUUAAUCAAAAAUAUGCAUAGAAAUGCAUAUCAAAAGAGUAAGAAAACCUCGCAGAAUUGUAUUUCAACAUCUGAAGUUGUGUUCUGUUUAGGAUUUCACUCAGGCAGGCCAGAUUUAUAGUUAACAAGCUUAAAAUAUUUUGUUGCCUAUAUCUUAGAAAUAUUUCACCAAGAGUUGUGAAACCAUGUACAGUGACUAGAAGUGGGGGCACCAGUGUCCUAUUGACACAGAUCUCGUUAAAAAGUGACUGCAUUUCUAUAUUUGCUAGGUUGAAAAUGAUUUGAACAAUAAUAGAUACUUGAGAUCAAAUUAUCACCAUUUGAAACCUUAGUUUUGCUAGUUGUUGAAUUGUUUUUGUUUAAGAAUAUUUUUUAGUUAGAGACAAGUUGCUCAGAUAAGUAAUAAUUAUUGUCUUUAUUUUUUGGUUAAAUCCUGUUUUUGUUAUUCAUUAUUUUUUGUUGUGUAAGCCAAUGAUUCCAUUUCCGUUUGUUUUUGUUUCUUAACACUCAUGGACUUUCUAGUUGUUUUUUAAGACAUAGAAAGGUUAUUAAUUCUGUUUUGAUAUAGAUCUGCUGAAGUAAAUUACAGGGUCGUCCGAAAAAUAGUUUUCACAUUUAUUAAUGAUUAUACAUGUGUAUUCAUAUACUUGCUUAAUACCAUAUUGUUUUAAUAUAUAAUCUGCAAAAGGCCUUUCAUUAAUAUGCUAAACAUAUCUGCAUUUGGUGCUUUAUAACCGCUGCUGUGAUGGGAAGUAAUAGAUCUGCAUUGCUAGGCUAUGUAUAUGAUCCACUGAGGCAUCCCAGACCAUCCCAAGCACCUCAGAAGUGUCAAAAUCCUAAUUUUAGGAUCACUUUAAAUAGGGACCUAUCAUAUCCAUAAAAAUCAGCAAACCAUUCUACACUCGUAGAUUUUAAAGAAAUGUCAGAAGUGUCAAAAACGUUAUUAAAAUAAGGAAUGAAUGGGAACCUGUCAACCUCCAUAUCAUAACAAAUUGUCAAAAAGUGCCAAAUUCUUCAUAAGAAACCUAUGAAUGGGGCUCGAUACACAAGAAUAAUAAAAAUCAACAAAAGCGUCACGGCCGUUCUGUUAAGACCAAUGGAUACCCACAUAGUGUCUUAACUAUGAUUAAAUGACCACUGAACCUAAUGAUGUAAUUUAAAGACUAUGGUAUUAAGAUUGUCAAGCGGACAGAGCUCUGCAAAUCAGUACAUCAAAGAGCAGGUUUGGCAAAAACCUAAUAAAUGAACACAUUUCAGAUGCAAACAUUUGUUUAUGUCAAUAUUUUGUCGAAGCUUUGAAAAUGAGAGCUUCGUCCAUGAUAAUAUAUCAUACCAAGAUGUAGAUAUUCUUACGUCAUGACAAGAAAAAGGUUUAAUUACUUUUCACUCAGGCUGGAUAUAUUCACUUUAAGGUGAACUCCGGGUAUGCAGACAAAGAUUUUUGUUACAUAUAUUUUUUUGCGCGUGAAAAUAACUGUCAAGUUUAAUCCUUAAAAAAUUCUGAAUAUAUUUGCAUAUCUUCGGCAUGAAGGUUGGUCUGGAAUGGUUCAGUGGAAUACUAUGUGUAAAGUACUUAAAUAUAACUCAUAACUGUUUUUAGCUCGACUUUUCGAAGAAAAUGUAGAGCUAUUGCCCUCGCCCCAGCGUCGGCAUCGCCGUUGAUUAAAGUUUUGGAUAAAGUCAAAUAUCUCUGUUACUAUCAGAGCUAUUGACUUGAAACUUAAAAUAGUUAUUUACUAUCACAGUCUACACCAGGAGAAACAUUCCCCACAACUCUGAUUUUUGAUUUUGACAGAUUUAUGCCCCUUUUUAGCUCACCAGAGCACAAGGUGCUCAAGGUGAGCUAUUGUGACUGGUCAUUGUCUGUCGUCAGUCGUGCGUCGUCCUUCGUCCAUCAACAUUUGCCUUGUGAACACUCUAGAGGCAACAUUUGUGACCCUAUCUUUCUGAAACUUGGUCAGAAUGUUAGUCUUGAUGAUCUCUAGGUCAAGUUCGGAACUGGGCCAUGUGGGAUCAAAAACUAGGUCAGUAGGUCAGAUCAAAGGAAAAGAUUGUGAACACUCUAGAGACCACAUUUUUGACCACAUCUUUCUGAAACUUGGUCAGAAUGUUUGUCUUGAUGAUCUCUAGGUUAAGUUCGAAACUGGGUCAUGUUGGGUCAAAAACUAGGUCAGUAGUUCAGAUCAAUGGAAAAGCUUGUGAACACUCUAGAGACUACAUUUUUGUCCCAAUCUUUAUGAAACAUGGUCCGAACGUUAGUCUUGAUGAUAUCUAGGUCAAGUUCGAAACUGGGUCAUGAGGGGUCAAAAACUAGGUCAGUAAUCAGAUCAAAGGAAAAGCUUGUGAACACUCUAGAGACCACAUUUGUGACCUAAUCUUUAUGAAACUUGGUCAGAACGUUUGUCUUGAUGAUCUCUAGGUCAGAUUCGAAACUGUGUCAUGUGGGGUCAAAAACUAGGUCAGUACAUCAGAUCAAAGGAAAAGCUUGUGAACACUCUAGAGACCACAUUUGUGACCCAAUCUUUACGAAACUUGAUCAGUAUGUUAGUAUUGAUGAUCUCUAGGUCGAGUUUGAAUCUGGGUCAUGUUGGGUCAAAAACUAGGUCAGUAGGUCAGAUCAGUGGAAAAGCUUGUGACACUCUAGCGGUCACAGUUGUGACCCAAUAUUUAUGAAACUUAGAAAGUUUGGCUUGAUGAUUUGUAGGUCAGGUUUGAAUCUGGGUCAUGUGGGGUCAAAAACUAGGUCACCUGGUCAAAUCAAAGGAAAAGCUUGUGAACACUUUAGAGGCCUCAUUUUUGUCUCAAUCUUUAUGAAACUGGGUCAGAAUGUUUGUCUUAAUCAUUUCUAGGUCAAGUUUGAAUCUGGGUAAUGUGGGGUCAAAAACUAGGUCACUAGGCCAGAUCAAAGGAAAAUCUUUUCAACACUUUAGGGACAGUUUAAGUUUGAAACUCAUGAGAAUUAGUCAGAAUGUUUGUUUUGAUAAUCUAUAGGUAAAGUUCGAAUCUUGGUCAUGUGGGGUCAAAAACUAGGUGACCAGUCAAAUCAAAGGAAAAGCUUGUGAACACUCUAGAGGCCACAGUUGUAACCAAAUCUUUGAAAUUUAGUAGGAAUGUUUGUCUUGAUGAUCUUUAGGUCAAAUUCAACUCUUGGUCACGUGGGAUCAAAAACUAGGUCAGUAGGCCAGAUCAACUCUGGUGAGCGAUGUAUAGGACCAUCAUGGCCCUCUUGUUAACUAGAAUUGUUUUGUUAAUUUUUUUGAUAAAGUCAAAUAUCUCUGUUACUGUCAAAGCUUUUGACAUGAAACUUGAAAUAGUUAUUUACUAUCACAGUCUACACCAGGAGAAACAUCUCCAUAACUCUGAUUUGAAUUUUGACAGAUUUAUGCCCCUUUCUAACAUAGAUAUUUUGGUUAAAGUUUUUGAUAAAGUCAAAUAUCUCUGUUACUAUCAAUGCUUUUGACUUGAAACUUAAAGUAGUUAUUUACUAUCAAAGUCUACACCAGGAGAAACAAUCUCCAUAACUCUUAUUGAAUUUUUACAGAGUUAUGCCCCUUUUUAACUUAGAACAAUAUCUCUAUUACUAUCAAAGCUAUUGACUUGAAACUUAAAAUAGUUAUUUAUCAAAAACUACACCAUAAGCAACAGUCCUCAUAACUCUGAUUAGAGUUUUGACAGAUUUAUGCCCCUUUUACUGGCAAAGCUCUAAUUCAGAGUCAAGCACUGAGAAAAGUCAAGCGUGCUGUCUUACGGACAGCUCUUGUUUGUUUUGUUUUAACUGGCAUGUUAAUAAAGUUAAUCAAACUAG